AAGAACUUCAUGUAAAAGCCUUGUUUUCGCUCAAUUUUUUCCGUGAACCUAAAAUUUCAGUAGUAGAGAAAUGGGCUCUCUAAUGGGCGGAUGGAGUUCUCCCGUUCUCGAUCCUAAAUCAGUCAAGUUCAAGAGAAAUCGGUCACUUACGAAAGAAGAAAUCGACGCAUACUGGAAAUCAAAGAGGAAAUUGGAGGAAGAACAUCUCAGAGCGAUUUCUUUGCCGGUGGAUCGUUAUGAUCGCGAAAAAGUCGGAAUAGACUACAAAAGAUCGAGUUCGUUUCCGCCGGCGAGGGACGUUGCGGUGGAAUCAAAAUUUGUAGAGAACAAAUUGGACAGGAAAAACCUAGAGGAAUUGGAAAAAGUUGGCUGGUGGACGAGGAGCAAUUCGGCGUUUCUGAAUGAACCGCCAGUCCUUGACGGCGCUUCAAAAGCUUGCGUGUCGUUAUACGGCGUCGCCGACGUGGCCUCAUGUAAGUUGAACCACAAUAAUGGAGUCGGUGCUUGCUUACACUGAAAGUGUGAAAAAAAAAAGAAGAAGAGAACUUAAGAUCAUAUGUAAUUUAUGUAAAAUUAAUAUGAGUUAUAAACAUGUAUUAUAUAAUAUAUAUUUACUCAUCGUAAGAUUUCACUUAUGUUUGGUUUUGUAAUUUGUGAUUUGAAACUUUUUUUUUAUGAUAAUUAAUAUUUGGUAGUA